UUUCAAUUCUCCUCGGUAUUCGUAGCCUACGGUCUAUGCUUACUGCUAAUCCGGCUGGUCUGGAAUAUACUACCUGGAUAUGGCGAUCCAAGCAGCGGGGCAGGUGAUGGGAGAUUCAUAGCGGCCACAUACCGUCGACUGCCCUCCUCAUCAUUCCUCCAUCCUUCUCUUGGGUAUCAAUUUUCUGAAAUGCAUCACGAUGGCAACCCUCAAUGCCGAAACCAUCCUUAUCACCGGUGCCUCCGGUUACAUGGCCACCCACAUAGUCAAGUCCUUCCUCGAAGCCGGAUACUAUGUCCGCGGCACAGUGCGAUCUCUCGAGACCGCUGAAAAAGUCCGCCAAACCUUCAUGCACCAUUCUUCACGACUAAGCUUUGCCAUCGUCCAAGACAUAGGCAAAGAAGGGGCCUUCGACGAGGCCGUCAAAGGCGUGCACGGCGUAAUCCACACAGCCACCCCCUACAAAGUGUCCGUCCAAGACAACAAGACCGAUCUACUGGAUCCAGCCAUCAACGGCACACUGAACAUCCUUCUCUCCGUCUCCAGACACGCCCCACAAGUCAAGCGGAUUGUCUUCACAGGCUCCUUUGUCUCAAUGCUCAACAUUCUCAAAGGCCGCUGGCCAGGCCACAUCUACUCCGAAACAGACUGGAACCCAACCACCUACGAAUCUGCGGCUUCUAAAGAUGCACCCGCGGGGAUGGCAUACGCAGGCGCAAAGACGUUCGCCGAGCGUGCAGCGUGGGACUUUGUUGCGAAGAACCACCCGCACUUUGAUAUCUCCUUCAUCCUGCCGCCGAUGACAUAUGGGCCCAAUCUCAAUGCCACGGCCUCGCUUACCAAUCUGAAUGCCUCGUCGUAUGAUAUUUACAGAUUGAUGACCCCACAGACAAGGCCCAGGGAUAUGGUUCCCGGGAAUGAGUUUUUCUCUUUUGUCGAUGUCCGCGAUGUUGCUGAGGCGCAUGUCCAAGCUUACCGGCGUUUCUUCGUCUGUCAGGGCAACUUUACCUAUCAGCAUUUUGUGAAUAUUCUGCGUGAGAAAUUGCCCGAGAUUCGGGCCGGUGCUGAUACGUCGAAGUCGCGGGAAGUGUUGGGGCUGAGGUAUCGGACGAUGGAGGACACGGUUGUUGAUGCUGCCAAGUCAUUCAUGGAGUUGGAGAGGAGUUGUAUUUGA